AUGGCGACACCACCCGUUCGACAGUGGGGCGUGACUCCCCCCAUCUCAACAGCUCUGCCUACGGCCGAGGAGCUCAGCGCAAACGACGACUUGAUUGCGGAACUGAAGAGCCAGAAUAACUUUGAGAGUCCUGCGGAGACUGAGCGGAGAAAACAGUCGCUUCAGCUUAUCCAACGCGUCACCAUCGAGUUCGUCAAGGAGGUCAGCCGCAAGAAGGGAUUGACGCCUGCCGCCGUGGAAGCCGCCGGCGGGAAGAUCUUCACUUUCGGUAGCUAUCGUCUUGGUGUUUAUGGUCCUGGUUCGGAUAUCGACACCCUGGUGGUCGGGCCUAAACAUGUCACAAUAGAGGAUUUCUUUUCUUACUUCCCUACAAUCCUAGAGAAAAUGGCGGCGCCAGGCAUGAUCGAGAAGAUGACACCGGUCCCGGAUGCGUUUGUUCCCAUUAUUAAACUCGAAAUGGCUGGAAUCAGCAUCGAUCUGCUCUAUGCCCGGUUGAUCGUCCCCUCGGUCCCGAUCAAUCUUGAUCUGAGGAACAACGACUACCUCCGAGGCCUGGAUGAGAAGGAAGUUCGAUCUUUGAAUGGCACUCGAGUGACCGAUGAAAUCCUGGAGCUUGUUCCUCAGCAGAAGACGUUCCGCCUCGCACUUCGGGCGAUCAAACUUUGGGCUCAACGCCGCGCUAUCUACGCAAAUAUUGUCGGUUUCCCGGGUGGUGUUGCGUGGGCCAUGCUGGUCGCUAGGGUUUGUCAACUAUACCCUCAGGCAACUGGGUCUGUGAUUGUGGGCAAGUUCUUCCGGAUCAUGAACAAAUGGGCGUGGCCGCAGCCUGUUAUGCUGAAACAGAUCGAGGAUGGCCCUCUCCAGAUGAAAGUCUGGAACCCAAAGAUUUAUCAUGGUGACCGUUUUCAUUUAAUGCCCAUCAUUACCCCCGCGUACCCUUCGAUGUGCGCGACUCACAAUAUUUCCCUCUCGACCAAGGCCGUCCUGCUUCGUGAACUCCAGCGCGGUGGCGACAUGGUUGAUAAAAUCUUUUUGAAACAGCUCAGCUGGAACGACCUCUUCACCCGGCACUCCUUUUUCACGUCCGACUACAAAUACUACCUCAGCAUCACUUCCUCGAGUAAAACCAAGGAGGCACAGGCUGUCUGGUCAGGUUUGGUCGAAUCAAAGCUGCGCCACCUUGUUGGGGCUUUGGACCGGAAAUCGACCAUUGCCGUCGCCCACCCAUUCCCCAAAGGGUUCGAGAGAAUCCACAGUGUCUCCAACGAUCAAGAGGCAGAAGCCGUCAAGAAUGGAUCUACCCAGUAUCAGUCAAAAGACACCAAGACGGAGACUACGGACGAGACGAAAGACAUUGCUCACCAGGCGGCUGCUGAAAUGGGUGCCGAGGAUGCCGCAGUCCCAGACCCGCACAUCAAAGCGGAAAGCGAUAAUCGCACCAUCUACACUACCACCUACUAUAUUGGUCUAGAGUUGAAGCCCUUGGAACCAGGUGCCUCCAGAUCUCUGGACAUCUCGACCGACGCGCAGAUUUUCAAAUCAACUUGCACGUCGUGGACAGGCUACCAGCCAGGCAUCAAUGAUCUCGCAAUCACCCAUGUUCGCAACUUUGAUCUGCCCGAAGACGUUUUCCAACCCGGCGAGACUCGGCCUGUUCGCCCCAAGAAGAAGGUCGUCAGGAAGACAACCGAUCCGGCUGCCCAGAAAAGAAGCAUUGAUGCUCUCGACGACCCUACUCAAAGUGAUGCCAAGCGUCAACUCACGUCGAACGGAAUUCCCAGCGCCGCCACUCCUGCAUAAAAAGUCAUGACCAGAAAAACAGGCCGCCUGUAUCGCAUUGGGGCUGGUUCCCCAUAUCCACCGCAUUGGUCUCCCA